AUGCAAGGAACACAAGCCUUACUCCAAUGGUGUAAACAAAAUACUGCAGGAUAUAAAGAUGUCAAUGUCACAAAUUUUCAUUAUUCAUGGAAAAAUGGAUUAGCCUUUUGUGCACUUAUUCAUUCAUUUCAUCCUGAAGCAAUAGACUUUAAUUCAUUGUCAAAAGACAACAUGGAAAAGAAUUUGGAGCUAGCGUUUUCUACAGCAGAGAAACUAGGAGUUCCAAGAUUGUUAGAUGUAGAAGAUUUUGUAUUAUUAGAAAAGCCAGAGCAAUUUAGUAUUAUUACUUAUCUUGGUGUUAUGUAUCAAAUGUUCCAACUUAAGGGAGGUUCAGUUGCUGAUGAAAAUAAAAGAGUUGAAGAGGAAAAGAAGAAAGAAGAAAAUACUAAAAAGCCAGUUGUAGUUGCUCAGCCCUAUUCCUCAGCGUCAAAACCUCCACCUCGUCCAAUAAACCGAAACAACCAACCUUUAUCAAAAAGUAGUGGAAGCACUGAAAAUACUCCAAUAAUUCUAAAAAAGAAAGUUACUGUUCAAAAGCAACAGUUAGAAGUUUGUGCAAAGUGUGGACAAACGUUGAAUGGUAAUGUCUUGGAGGCAUUAGGUAGGAAAUACCAUCAACAGUGCUUUGGUUGUACUAUUUGUUCAAGAAAAUUAGGUGCUUCAUUUGUUACUGUAGACAAUCAACCAUAUUGCGAGACUUGUGGUAAAAAGAUUUGGGUUCAGAAACAAGCCAAAAAAAAGGCUGAAGAGCAACAAAAAUUAAAUAGUCAGGAAGAAGAAAAGAAAAUUAUUGAAGCUCAAAAAGCACUCGAAGAAAAACAAAAGAAAGAAAAAGAGGAGUUUGAACGAAAACAAAGAGAAGAAAAAGAAAAAGGGAAAAGGAGAUGGCUGAGAAAAAAAAAAGAGAAGAUGAAAGAUUAG